UUAGUAAAUGUACUGCUUUCAUCAAUAUGAAAACGGACUAUAUAUGACCUUUAUGUUAUUAAUACCACUAAAUUUAGUACAAAAAGUAUUCAUCAAAUAAAGAUAAAAUGUAUUCUCCGCGACAGAAAGUUCUAUGGUUUGCAUUUAAUUCAAGAAUUGCCGUGAUAUUAAUACAAGCAAUAUUUAACGCCAUUAUACCCGACCAUGAUGCAAAUGUAUUUCUCAGUCCUGAAGACCCGACGUUACGGAAAACGACGGCAGAUUUGGUUAUUGAUAAAUUAUUAGGUGGUAUGAAAAGGUGGGAUGCUCAGUAUUUUAUUCACAUAGCCCAAUAUGGAUAUACAUACGAGAACUGUUUAGCAUUUUUUCCAUUAUAUCCACUAAUAAUUCGAUAUCUUACUUUCAUGUUUAGUAGCAUUUUAGGGACAUUUCUUAAUUUUCAUAGUUUGUUACUGAUAUCUGCUACAAUAAUAAACCUUUUAUUGUUUAUUAAAUCAGCAGAUAUACUUCACAGUUUAAGUUUGAGAGUUCUAAGAAAUGAAUGCUAUGCAUACAAGUCUACUAUAUUGUAUUGUGUAAAUCCCGCAAGUAUAUUUUUCUCAGCUCCAUAUUCUGAGACAUUAUUUGCAUUUCUGUCAUUUUACACAAUGUUCAAAUGUACUGAGAAUGAGUCUCUUAGAUUUGCUAAUAUUGAUAUGACAAGUGCAUUCCCUACUGGUUUAUCUAUGAUAACAAGAUCUAAUGGCUUAGUUAAUUUAGGAUUUAUAUUUUAUACAAGUUUCAAAAAUGUUGUGGAAAGAACUUUACCUGAAAUUUUCAAUAAAUAUAGGACUCUUAAACAUAGGGUUAUGCUUCCAUUCUUGUUUUUACCAUUUCUUACAAGCAGUGUAGCAUUGUUUAUAACUGUAAUAGUUGCAUUGAUCCCCUACAUGCUUGUACAAUUGUAUAAUUAUUUUAAAUUUUGUACCAUUAAUGAUCAUAAUUUACCAGAGUUUUUAUCAAACACUGAAUACAUUUUGCCUGGUUCCGGGGAGAGUCCUUGGUGCAAUAAUUCAAUACCUUUAUCAUAUUCCUACAUACAAAGUCAUUAUUGGGAUGUUGGAUUCUUUAAUUAUUACAAAGUGAAGCAAAUUCCAAACUUUUUGUUGGCUUCUCCAAUAUUAAUAUUGAUUUUAUCUCAUUCAUUUUCUUUUAUAAAAAACAAUAUAAAGCUAUGUUUUAGACUUGGAAUAAAAGACAAUAUUUUAAAUUAUGGAUAUAUGCACAAAAUGGCAUAUAGGCAGAGACAAUAUUCUAAAGGAUUUGGGACCAAUGAUCCAAAUAUUUUUGUCUAUGUAAUUCAUGCAAUAUUUCUUAGUGUUUUUUGUAUUGUGUAUGUUCACAUACAAGUUUCAACUAGACUUUUGGCAUCAGGCAGUCCUAUUUUAUACUGGAUAUGUGCAAGUAGGAUGAAUGUUGGGCCGACACAAUCAUCAGAUCAGAAUGCUAUAAAUGAACACUUUAGACGUGUUGGCACUGGCAAGAGAAUUCCUAGUCAUCAUCUUUCAAUAGCUAAUUUAGAAGGUGUAGACAACAUGUACAGUAAAUGGAGGACAUUUAUAAUAUCUAGACACAUGCCUGAUUUUCAAUCUCGAUUUAUUCAGUGCUAUUUCAUUGGAUAUUUAGUCAUAGGAACCAUCGCCUUCUCUAAUUUUUAUCCUUGGACAUGAUUAAUAAUACAGAACUUGCAAUGAUAUCAUACAUAUCAUUUGAAAUUAGUUUCAAUAUGUAAUUAAUACAUAAUA